AUAUCUUUUACCAAGAUGGCUGCUAGAGUAAAUAGUAAAUGAACUUGGUUGCAUCUGAUGAAAACAUCGCUAGUCUUUAUUUAUUACUAAAAAGUUUUAAUACAUUUAUUUAAAAACAGAUGUGAUGACAGUUGUAUUUCAAAGUUCUAAUAUAAACAAAAUAAUUCCAUAAUGGAUAAAUCCAACACAUUUACCUGUAAUGAUGGUAAUAAAUCUAAAAACAAAUUGAAUUCUGCUGCCAAGUCUCUUCUUCACAAUGUCAUACGUCAUACAGAUAGUCAUAACAGGCACAUGGAAGAGGCUGAGAUGUGGCAACUCCAUUUGAAAAUGAAGGGAAAAAUCAAUCUAGGCCUACUAUGUAAAAAUCAUGAGCGAAAAAAAGAUACUCAAGAAUUUAAAGAUGUCAAGAUAGAAAAUUCAUUUUUAUUUGAUGACAGACAGGAUGACUUAGGGUGGAAGAAGAGGAAGUCAAAAAAAGCCCAUAUGGAUGACUCAGAAGAUAGAAAUGUUGGAGAGGCUUCUAACAGUACUUACUGGAUGAGACAGUUAUAUAAAUUUGAAGAGAAUGAUCCUGACAGAUGGGGACACAGUGGUUAUAAAGAGCUGUACCCUGGAGAUUGUGAAAGUGAUGGUGAUCAGAAGAAAAAAAAGAAAAAGCAGAAAAAGAAAAAAAAAGAAAAAGAUAAGGAUUUUAACAGUCCAGUUUGUAAAAAGAAGAAGAAAAAGAAAGCUACAAAAACAAUUAGUAGGAAAGAGGAUAAAAAGCUUAAAAAGGAAAGAAAAAGAAAGAGAAGUGAUUCAUUAUCAAGCUUUGAAGCUGAUAUGAGAAAGUUAGAAGAAAAGAAUUCAAUAACAAAAAAGAGAAAGUACUCUCAGGAAGAUAUAGCUGGAGAUGAACACUUAGCGUAUGAACCGCAUCACAGAAAAAUGCUCAGAAGAAAGACAUCAUUUUAGUUUUUGUGUGGAAGUCAAUGGAAGUAUUUUAUUGGGUUUUUUAGAGGUUGUGGUCAUUAAAUAAAACAAAACAAAGUUAAAUUGUCAAAAGAAAUCACUGGUUUAAAUUAAAGAUAGGACGAAAUGUUCAGUACAUUUUGUAAAUUUUUCAUUUCUUUCAAAACUUUUCAUCAAACUUAGAAAUUAAUGAUUGGUGAUAAACAAAACCUUCAUACUUCAUUGGUUCUAUUCUCAGUGUUUUAUGACGUAACUUGUAUUAAUAGAUAAGUUGGGACUUCUUAUUAUCAUCAACAAUUUUACAGCAGUUCCAAAGGUUUACUUUAUGUUCUAAAUAAAAUAUAUGUUGUUGUAUCAUAAUCGUUAAAAUGGUUUUGUUUGAUAAUUAAUGUAU